GGUUUUGCCAAAAAGAAACAAAGAAUCUGGAGUGAUCGAAAGAAACCUAUUACACAUCAAACUUUUCAAGCAUCCAAAACGCAAUCCGACAGGUCCCAAUUGUCUCACGCUGGCUAUAGAAAUGGACGAUAACGACGAUAUCGACUUGUCAGUCUUUGACUCUGAGCUUCUCGACGAUUGCUGGGGUGAAUCGAAUGAGACAAGCCACAACAAUGAUAGCGCCGCAUAUUCAGCAAACCUAUCUGGCAGUACUGAUGGCGAUAUCGAAAAAAAUAUGUGGGGUGGGACUCAGCGUCUGCCUCAGCUUCCAUCGUUUGAGAUAGGUGUUGAUGCAGCAUACGCGCAGCGUAUUCCAAAUCAUAGUCAGCACAGUGUAUCUUUGGGAGACAGUCGCACUAAAUCACUAGCGACACAUUCAGAUUCAUCUGCGGGAGAAGGACGGUCUAUUCCGUCAGUAGUUGGUACAAGUGUUAGCGGUUCAAGUCGCUCUGGGAACUGCGCGAGGGCGGUACCGGGAAGUGGUGGCAGUAUUGGACAAACGCAAUCGAGCACCGCUUCUAACUGUUUGCCCCAUGAGUUGAGAGAGAUGACUGACAAAGGUUCGGCGACUGCUCAGCCCCCUGGCCCUUCUGCUACAACCGGAGAUGACCAUUUCCAAGUGGGAGGCCAGGCAAGGGAGGGAUUUCCCCAAUCGUCGCCUGUGGAAGCGACACCAGCUAAGGCUGCGGGCUCAAUAGACUACAGCAACCUAAAUCUCCUUCCACUGGCUUUCAAUGCCUUAGCUGCUGGUGUCAAUCUUGCGCAUCUCUUCCAAGCGCCUGGUUCAUUGCCUGUUCUAAAUCCAGCUUCUGUAAUGGGAUCAUUGCCUGUUGUGAAUCCAUCUUCUGCAAUAUAUGCACCGCCACAAGGACCCCCUUCGGCACCGAUACCACCUACCGCAGCAAUCGCUCCGCAGCCUUCCUCGACAAAGACUCCUGUGCAUCAAUGUCAAGCUCCUAACACUCGAAAAUCGGCAACAAAUUCGACAUCCUCGACACGUAAGAACGCGCCCCCAUUUUUGUUGUUCGAUGCUCCUGUUGAAUUGAGGCACAAUUUUAUCCAGUCGCAACGGGCGCUUGGAAUUCCCGUCCUACAAGACAACAAUUCUUACCAUUUUGGACUAGCUGUGAACGGGUAUCAUCCCCAGCACUCCGACAACGAUAAUAGCCAUGUCCCCAAACUUAUAGACGGUCGCCAUGGUGACAUUGGAUCUAAACGACUCAAGAAUGCCAAAGAGCAGAAACGUGCUCAGCGGAUUACCGAUCUGAUCGAAGAAUUGCGUAUACAAAUGGAACACGACGGUUGGCAAGUUGGAAUGAAGAGCAAACUUCACACACUCUCAUCAUGCGGGAAUUAUAUGAAGCAUUUGAUGAAAAGCAUUAAAGAGAAAGAAGAUACAGUUGCGAAAGCUCGGUCGGUCCUUGAGGAGAAGCGUCGAAAGAUAGAGGAAGACAACGCGCAACAGAAUCCAUCAGAUCCCGAAAGUACAACCUCAAGCCUCACAGUUUCAUCGGGUAGCCACAAAGCUGAUGCGGAGGAUGACAACUCUGUACAGAGAAAGAGGCGAGUUGCGGCAUCUUCAGUUGCAGGAGGGAAUCGAAAAAAGCCACAUUUAGCAUCAAUGGAGUCUUUUAUCUCUUGUUCGUCUUCCGAGUCUGAGGAGGAAAGAGAGCACAGAAAAAAAACGCAUUGCAAUUCAGAAUGUAUAUCGGAAAUGACUGACAGCAACAAGGAUUCGGAAUCGAGUGGCGACGAACCCCGAAAACGGGGUGCGUCUGGUUCAACCAGUAGAUAUUCGUCAAAUGAUACGAGUUCCGCUGCUGAAAACAAAAAUCCUGACUUUGAUCUAGACUACGAAGAAGUUUUUGUCAAAUCAAACAUCCCACAGAUUCUGGCUUCUACUUCAGGUCGAAUUAUUGCUUGGAACGAAUUCUUUUUAACCGCAACAGGUCUAGCGGAAAAGGAUGUAGCGCGCCUUACCAUCUUCAGUCUUGUCCAAAACUCGAAACUUGCAAGCCUUUUUGAAAUCGUUGCUGCCUCCCUUAAGCCGAUUCCCGAUCAGCAUUUAACCAGAGAGGAGCGCAAUAUGACCAAAAUACGUGACUACAGCGCUAUCACAUUACCGUGUUCCGAUUUUCUUUUGUGCGAAAAGAAUGGGAUCCAUUUGUUUAUGACGGUUACACUCAUGACAGACGAAGAUCCGCGAAAACGAUGCUUUCACUGCGUGUUUACAAAUUCUCCAGCAACGAAUGGGGCGCUCGCUCCAAUCACGCCAGAGCUGUUGGCGCUUUUCUGCGGCAGUCACAAUGUCCAAAGCAAGUCCUUAGAUGUGAGAAGAUGACCAUUGUUGCCAGCGAAAGAGUAGAAAAGUAUUUCUAAUAGGUCAAAAGAUCCUUUGUACUUUGC